GCCGCCCAGGCCGCCCAUCCUCUCCACCCCUCCGACCUCGAUCCUUCCUACUACCAGCCUGCGCCCCCGCCAAAGCAGCAGGCCAUCUACGGCCCUCCGCUCUCCCAACAGCAGCACUCCCAACAGAUGUCCUCCCAACGCCCUAUCCGUUCCAGGCCCAUUCCCCCCUCCCACUUCAAGGAUGAUCCUGCCUUCUCGCCAGACCCUCGCACAAAUCCUCUGGCCUACACCACCUUCGCUAUGAACUCCAGGGAGGAGAUCGAAUACUCCUCUCUUCCAAAUCCUUACGACACCGCUCCAAAGCGCGAUCCCUCAGCGAUUUACGCCUACCCACCAGCGCCCUCUGUCCCUCAGACUCCAGCGGCAUCCCAGUACUAUGCACCGUCGAUUCACCUCUACCCGAGCGCAGGCAGUGAACAUAGCCGCCCUCCGUCCGAGGUCGACUCUUUCUACGCCUUCGCCGCAUCCUUCCCUUCCCCCAAUGGCAGUUACCACAUGGACCCGCGUGCUUCUGCCGACGCCUCGAGUGUCCAUCUCGCAUAUGACGAUGGCGAGGAGCGAGUCGCCCCGCCCGAGCCGUCCCCGACGACGCGCCAGUCGUACUACAGCAAGUACGUCGAGGCCCAGGAUCCCUAUCCGGAAGAGCAUUCAAGCGGCAAACCGCGAAAGGCGAGGCACGCGGACAAGGACAGGAAACACGCCAGCCAGACAUCACUCGCUUCCGGCGCGAACACUUCAUAUUCGUCCCACAAGUCUUCCUCUGCGUCAUCCUUUGCGCGGGCGCAAAGCGGCGACGUCUCCAUCAAGUCGUCCAAGUCGAGGUCGAGUCUGCGCGUCGCAAACCCGGACCCAUACGCCAUUUUUAUGCCGCAGCACUCGCCGGAGACGUCCGCGUCGAGCAUCACCUCGUCGAGCGAAGGGCCGCACACGCCGCCGUCCGCGCACGGACACUUUGACCCGAACGC